AAACGAGCGAUCGAGCGAAUGCGUGUGAAUAUGGAGCGUUGUGAAAAUUCAUUAAAUUAAUAAAUAAAUUGUACGAAAAACGCGAACAAUUUUAUAUAUAUUAAUAAUAACGCGCGUAGUGUGUGUAAUAUUUCAAAUUUUGUAAGAAGAAAGCUUUUAUCUAUGCGGUGGUGUCAUUUUAGAAUUUCUAAUAGUGCUGUCAGCUGCAAGGUGUAGCGACACGGUUGAAGAAAAACUCGCUGUUGGUUGCCUAGCGCAUAUACGUGAAGGAAACUCGUCGUCCGUGGUCAUUUUCAAGGAGAAACAGCAAAUCCAGCAAUGUGAAAUUCCAACAUAUAUUCACAAAUAUGUUUUUAUAGUUUUAUAUCUUAAGAAUCGUUGCCAAUUGAUUUGGUUUAAGGGCAUAGUUAGACAAUGGCAGGCGUAGACGUGAGUUAAACAGUUGGAAAAUUCAAUAAGCAAGUGAAAAAAAUGAAAAUUGGAAGUGCAUCAUUUGCCAUGUUUCGCAAGGGCAAUGUGCGGCAAUGGCAUAUUGCUUGAAGUGUAAUGUGUAGUUGAAACGAAAGUAGUGGAAAGUGUAGAAUUUAAAAAGCCGAAUUGAAAUACAAAAUAAAAGCUUUAAAUAUAUAAUACACAAAAAGUCAAGCAGAAAAUAAAAAAAUACAAAAAAGGCGACAACCAGCGAUUGACGUACGAGAAUUGUUAAAUAGCCGUGCGGUGCGCGUCGGACAACAAAGUGGUGUGCAUAAUAAUGCAAACGGCGGGGUGAAGUGCAAUCCGGUUAGUCGAAAAAGUUUGUGUAAAUAAAAAUAUAAAAAAAUUUCCAAUAGUAAAUGUGUACAAACGUAAACAUUUUUAUAAAAAAAAAGAAAACAAAUAACAAAUUUUAAUUGAUCUACCCAUAAAGAGAUCAAAAAGUGUAUAUGCAGAUCUUCCUAAAUGAAAUUUUUUCUCCUUUAUAUUAACUCAUCUACAAAUUUUUCUGACAUAAUUUAAGCACCAUCUAAACAAAUCACAUUGGAAAGCGGCCGCUUUAGCUUUGUUAUUGUGUCUAAAGUGUUUUUACUAGCGUAUAUUCAUAUGCCCACCUUGCGCUUCCAAUUUUUCUACUGCAACAAUUGCCGCUUUACUUAAAAUCAACAGCUGUUACCUCAUAACUCCUCUAUAAUUUGUUUGUUUGUAAAAAAAAUAUCCGUUGUAAUCAAAGUAAAACGGGUGGGGAAAAAUAAUAAUUCUAUUAGUUUAGUAACAGAAUGCCCAAAUGCGACAUGAAGACUCGCUACAUUCCUGCUACAUUUGCCUGGAUUCUAUUGCUGUCCACGACGUUCCUCUUCUUUUUCUAUCCCUGCCAAUACUAUUUGAAAAGCCAUCUAUGGGUACCGGCAUAUCAGGGUGUCAUCACAUUUUUCGUUUUGGCCAAUUUCUCAUUAGCGACAUUCAUGGACCCCGGUGUCAUACCAAAAGCAUCGCCAGAUGAGGACCGGGAGGAGGAGUUUCGUGCACCGCUUUAUAAAAAUGCCGAAAUCAAUGGCAUCACCGUCAAGAUGAAAUGGUGUGUGACUUGUAAAUUCUAUCGUCCGCCACGCUGUUCACAUUGUUCCGUAUGCAAUCAUUGCAUAGAGACAUUCGAUCAUCAUUGCCCUUGGGUGAACAAUUGCAUUGGACGUCGCAAUUAUCGUUUCUUCUUCUUCUUUUUGGUUUCACUAUCCAUACACAUGCUGAGCAUAUUUUCAUUAUGCUUAUUUUAUAUAUUGAAGAUAACGCCAAACAUCAGGGAAACAUCGCCCAUAGUAGCUAUGGUGUUGAUGGCUAUAGUUAUAAUCCUAGCGAUUCCGAUUUUCGGGCUUACCGGUUUUCAUAUGGUGCUCGUAUCACGUGGGCGCACAACAAACGAACAGGUCACCGGCAAAUUCAAAGGUGGAUAUAAUCCAUUCUCACGUGGCUGCUGGCAUAAUUGCUGUUACACCCAGUGUGGACCACAAUAUCCAAGUCUUCUUAAGCCAGAAAAAUAUGCCGCUCGUCGCUCACACAAGGACGGUCAGGGUAUUAGUGUUAUCACCACCGAACGGCGGACGAAUCAACAGGGCAGCAGUAUGCGAGGCAACAACACACCCGGCAAUGUGCCACGUUCACCACGCGAAACGCUGAAAAACUAUUACGAUAGGGACAAUCGACACACUCAGGUAAAGACUUAUACGGACCAGGGCAAUGGUUAUAAUCAACGGUCGGGCAGCACAACGCUUUAUAGUAAGCUGUCGCCUGGACGUGAAUGUUCAGACACCGAUAUGGAGCCGCAGGCAUCGCAGAGUCAAGAUUGUGAGCCCACACCGCCACUGCAACGACACAAUUCGACAAAUUUCUACUUGCCCCAAGUGGAGGCAGGCGUGAGCAAUAUGAAUAACGGUGGCAUAGCGACCGGUGCGGGCAUGAUGCCCAACGCUGGUGGAGGUGGCGGCGCAGGUGGUGGUGGUGGCGAUUCACCACGUCACAUGCGCAUGUAUCAUCCGCGACACAGUCCACUAGCGCGUCAGCGCGGUUUGGAGCCACAACGCGGCUAUAAUCCCGCCGAUCCAUUGUCGCCCGAUCAUCCCGCUCAUCCGGGAAAUCAGGGCGUACAGCAACAACAACGCAGUGGGACAACUGCAACGCCCACAAUGCAGCAACGAAUAAAACCGUUGGGUGUGGCAACACCACUGGUGAUGGCAAGUCCCGUCAGAAGAUCCAAUCCUGGCACGCCCACCCAACCAAGACGACCCGACUUCAUUGGUCUAAAUACACAGCAGCAGCAGCAACAACAACAGCAGCCGUCGCAGACCUAUUACGAGUAUACGACCGGCUUACCGCCGCAGCAUCCACAACCGCCAACGAUUCAACAGCAACAGCAAAUGCUGUUGCAACAACAACAACGUGCCAUGAUGCAACAGCAUCAACAACAGCAACAGCAGCAGCAACAACAAGUUCCGCUAACACAUCACCAACAACAGGUGUUGGCAUCGCAGACCUACGGCGGUAGCCCACAACGCCGUUUCCUCUCCGAAGGUGAACUGGUACGCCAGGGCGCGAACGAGCUUUCAUAUGCGCGCUCCAACAACACCGUGGACAAUAUACGCGAAUUGGCCGGAAGUCCACAGCGCGGCGUGUACAUGUGGAAGGACACAUCGCCCGGUUUCAGUAGCAGUAGCGGCAGCGCUAGCGGCGGCGGUGGUGGCAUGCCACCCUCUUCCAUGAGCAUCGGCAGCAGUGCUGGCGGCACAAUGGGCAAUAGCAUACAUCACGCACAGUACAUCACAGUCGGCGGCAGCGGGCAGUCGCAUCCAUUGAUCAUGACGCAUUCGCGCAUGCAUCAGCCAGGCGAAUAUAUGCCAGCUACGCAACAACAGCAGCAACAACAAUAUCGCUCUAAUCCAACCAGCCCCACAACCAUGCCAGCCACAUCGUCCUCGACCAACGCACCAACCUAUAUGAUGCGUUACGGUGUCGGCAAUCCCGUCGCCUCACAGCCAAAUAACUACGUGCACACAUCACAGGCGCUAACGAACUCGACCGUCGGCGGUUAUCAGCCGCAAUUGCGCGGCGGCGUGGCCGUCUUUCCACCCAAUCCCAGCGGGCCUGGUGUGGGCGUCGGUGUAGGCGGUGGCGCCGGCAUCGUCACACAACUUCAAACACAGCCAUCGCCGCAAGUGAAGCGGAAACAAACACCCACGCGCCCCAUGUCAUUUGUGCGCGCACUCGAAAUGACCGACUCGAUGGAAAUGCAAACGCUCGAGCAGCAGCAGCAGCAGCAACAGGGUCGCGGCGUUGGCAAUAUGCCAGCCUCUGCCGUCGGUGGACCGGGUGUACAGCAUUUGGUAGGCGGCGCACGCACCACGACACCGACACCGGAGCGCGCGAGCGUCUACGAUAUGAAUUACGAGAUUUCCGUAUAACCCGUGGUUGUGCCGGUUGUCGUGCCACCCGCCUCGGUGACCAUCUCGGCAACGGCUGCGGCGUAUGCGCGCAAAAAGGGCGCAAGCGUUGUGGCCAGCGCCGCCGAACCAUCGGCGUACGCAUCAGUGCCAGUUAUGGCGGCGAAUACGCCCAACAGGCGCAAGUUCUCCACAUUCUUUUAGAAUGACCGUUAGGAUGGACGCGACCCUGUCUAGGCUAUAUUGCCAGCCAGCAAGCUAAUAUUUAGUAAUAAUAUAGCACAUUAUAGUUGUUUUCUUUACGUUUUUCGUUUUACCAAAACCCGAACCGAUUUUAAUACCGAGUCAUUUAUACAUAUGUAUUAUAUUAUAUUUCUCUACACAUAAACACACACACACAUACACACAUAUAUAUACACUGCUACCAAACGCAACUAUACGCAAACACAGUUCCGUACCGCCAAAUGUAAAUAUGUAUACAACCUAAGAUACACCUCCUAUGAUUACUACCUAUGAUAUAUACCUUAGGGUGGCCGUUAUUUCACAAGUUGUUUUUUUUGCAAACGAUCCCUGACGUUUCAGUUUUACUUCAAAAAAGGGUUCGCAUGUAAACAAGCUCUUUAUUUUCAGUUUAAAGCGCGGCUACUUUUUUUCUCUUGUAUACAGCAAGCGAGUUUUUCAUAUUUUGCAUUAAGCAACUAAAUCUUCAACUUUGAAAAAGUGAUAUUCUAAUACAAAAUUGUCCACUCUACAAAAAAGUUCUUAAUGAUUUUUUUCAUAAAAUCACUCGUUUAAAAGUUAUAGGCAGUUAAAGUUAUGCAUCAAAUGUACUGAGCAUUCAUACUGAUUUAAGUUCUAUGCUUUCUAUGUUGCUCAUACGCCAUGGUGUACUAUAUGAAUGCAGUACUUUUGAUAUAAAAUUUUAACUGUGUAUAACCUUUAAAGGAAUAUUUUAGGAAAAUAUUAUUAAAACCUUUUUUGUAGAGCAUAUCAGAGUAGUAGAGAGAGAGUAAAAAGAGUAGAGAGAGAGAAUUUUGUAGGGUUUAUCAGAAUACCUAUCAUUAUUAAAGUUGUAGGUUUAUUCGCUUUGCACAUAAAAACUGUAUGAGAUGAGAAAAAAGAUUUGAAGACGAUUUAAAUUGAAAAUAAAGAGUUUGCUUUUGUUGGAUUCAUCUUUUGAGAACUAAAACUAAAACUUUAGGUGGCUUUGGCAAAAGAUGAAACUCAACUUGCGAAAUAAAGGACACCCUAAUGCACAUACAUACAUAUACUUUAUGAUAAUAGUUGUAAAAAUCUAAAAAUAUGCGCGUAUGUACACGCGUUAAUGUUUAUUUACACACGUCACAUUUAUAAGUUCAGCCGUUGAAAAGGAAUUUGUGAAAUAAAUUCUCUCUCAAUGUUUAAUUGUCAAAGUUUUAAAUAUGUAUGAAUUGUUAAACCGCUUUUAAAAAUAUUUAUUGAAAACCACACAUAACCAUAACAUUAAAUAUGAUUUAAUUAAUUGUUGUAAUUACAAAGUGCAGAAACUAUUGUAAUGUUGUUGUUACUGCGACAACAACAAAAGCAAUGCCAAACAGCUGUGCGCAUGAGAUUAUACUGCUUUGAUGUGGUGGCCGCUGAAAAGUGCGGCUGUGGCCAAGUCAAUAACGUUGUUAUUACUUAUUAUAUCUUAUGAAGUAAGGUUAAAUAUAUGUAAUACGUUAUGAAAAUUCAAAAAGGCUGUAGAAAUGUAUGCAGAGCAACUGAGUCUGAGUCUGACUGAGAGUAUGUUUUAUCAAAUUUCAUGCCGACAAAACUUAUUUUUAAAUUGAGCUUGAGCUUAUUUAAUACAAAAAUUCGAAAAAUUUUUAAAUAUUACCGUUAACGAUUCUAUUUAGGGUUUAUAUCCACAUGCAAGUCAGAAAAAACGCGCUUUUCAAAAAUGUUUUUUUUUUUUUGAUUUUUUUAAGAGUUUUUUUGUUAAUAUGUAGAUAAAACAAAUUCAGAAUUUCACGUAUUUUAAUACUCGCUGAUUCAUUUUUAAAACUUUUGGAUGCUCUUGUUCUCGUAGUUGAUCUGCAGAAGUACCGUCAAAAAAAGGUUGGCGGUAAACAAGACUUUUCUGGAAAAAAUUAUCUAAAAUCCAAGAACCAAAAAAAUUAGUUAUUGUUAAAGAUGAAUUUAGGACUAGUUAAAAAUUAUUAUUAAAUAAAAACGAAGAAGAUAUGCCGGAACAGCUUCAAAAAAACGAAUUUUGGAAAAUCUCAAGUGGAUAUAACCUCUUAAACUGCAAGCUCAAAACGAGUGCUAGGUUUUCGAUUGAUUUUUGAUUUAGAAUUUAUUCAAAACUUCUUACGUUCAAAGAAAUUUUAUGAAUUUGGUCUCAUUUUAAAGCAAGCUGAGUAUAGAAAUAUAAAAAAUCAUAAACAAGAUUUUAAAAAGUCUAAAAAUAUCGGGUAAAAUUUAUUUUUCUAAAAGAAACCCGCCACAAAAGUUUUAGCUAGUUGCAUGUCUACAGAUAUUGUGUAAAAUAACAGUUGAAUAUUUGUUAAACUUUUUUGCUGUUGUGAAAAAUUGUUAAUGGUAGUUCUAAAAUUUGCUGAAUAUUAGGUUUUUAGAAGUCUGAAGGCUUAAAAAUAAUUUUAAUUCAUUUUUUUUAGAAGUCAGCAGGUUUGAUAAAAGUUUUUAUUUUUCUAAAACAAUUUUUCAGCACAUUAAUGAAAAUCACAGUAAAUUUAGUUGAUGAUACAUGCUAGAUACAUGUUGUCGUUGUUGUAGCGAUAGAAAACAUCACUGAGUAAUUAGGUGGAAUGCGACUGAGUUGACAAUGCUUGGCCGCAUAAAAAAUGCGGCUCCGUUCCGAUUACAUAAACGCGACUGUCGUUUCGAGGGUACAAUUCAUAUUGAUUUUUGAAUUCUGAUAUAAAUUUGUAUGUUUUAAAAAGUUUCAAGCAAUAUGGUUUUUAAAUGCAUACUCAAAGUCUCAAAUAAAAAAAAAAUUAUUAAAAAUUUAAAAAAAUAAAAUUAAUUAAAAAAUUUAAAAAAAAAAAUUUAAAUAUUAAAUUCUAAAAUUCUGAAACAUGCUCUGCGCUGUCAAUACCUAAAAUACAGCAAUUUCUCAUAAAAAGUAUUAUAACAGCACACACUCAUGUAAUCACCACAUCAAAUAAUCAUAAUCUCAUAGUGAACACUGUUUGGUAAAAACUUGUGUUUUGUUGCAAAGUGUAAUUUAUCAAUUUUUUUUUUAUUAUUAAUUGUAAAUUACCGUAUGUUGUUUUCUUAGCAUACGUAUAUUGACAACCACAACAUUAGCUGUAAUGAAAACAAAAACUCCCUUAGUCCAUCCCAGUGAGGGUAAACGCCAUUUUGCCAUGGUCUUAUUACCUUCCAAAUAGUUAUUUGCCGGCCAUUUAGUAUACAGUCCACAAUAGCGACAGUAGUACGGUUGAGAAGCCCUAAUAAGUACAUAUUUGAGAACGAGCAAGUGCGCAUAAAAAAUAAAACAAAAAAAUAUAAAUAUUAAAAACUGGGAAAUGUAAAAAACCAGCGCGGCGCCACGAGAAUUUUGAGUAAAUUUUAGAAAAGUUUGCAUUCACCUUAGUUACAUCAUAUUGAUGUUUAAAUUAAUGAAGCAAAUGGGGAUUACAUACUUUCUUUGUACAUAAAUAUGUAUAAUUAAAAGCAAACAAUUUUCAGUUUUUUUUUUUCAAUUAAAACUUGCUUAAUUUGCCCCGCUGUCCAUAAGCGUUAUAGUUGCGACUGGAUUGUGUGGCUAUAAAAGAAAUUUGCAAACAUUUUAGCAUGUUUUGUGAGCAGUCGCUUUUUAACUAAAAAUUUAAAUAUUUAUAUUUUUAAUUAAAAUGAAACUUUUGGCCAAAAUGAAUUGCGCGGCGUAAAAUGCUGUUAGAUAAAUUGAUUGCGAGUUGGCAGCAGAAAAAAUAUAUGUUGCGCGUUGCCAGCAAGAAAAAAAUAUUGCGAGUUUGCAGCAGAAUUCUAAAAAGCAUUAUUGUUAAAACUAGAACAAUGUAAGUUGCUGAGAUCAUUUUAACAUAAAAUUCUAAAAUUUUAUUUUUUUCAAAAUUUAAAGUUUCCCGGGGCUUAAAGUCCAACCACCACAGCUUGUUUUGACAAAUCUCGCGUUCUGCUCGCUUAAUUACAAGCCCAAUAUCUACGCAAAAUCUUUUUAUUCCUACAUUUUUGUGUAAACUCCUUUUCCAAAAACCCAAAAAUUUACUCAAUUUAUUAUGCAAUAUUAAAAAUGAAUGAAUUUUAAAAUUACUCUAAUUUGGAGUAAAUCGAAAGGAACUCAUGCGAAUGUGCUAAGAACUGAUAUAUGUAUCUAAAUUGUGUAUAUGUGUUAUGCUGUUCGAAAAAAAUUUAAUUAAAUUAAAAAAAAAACGAAAAACUACUAAAAAGUAAUCACAAUCCAAACUCAACUAAACACACACGCCAUCUUUAACUAUUAUAUUAUAAAUUUCGGUACGUAACAUAAGUGUGUAAGCAAAGAAGAGAAAAACAAAAAGAAGCAAAGCGCAAUAAAAGCAAGAAAUCUGUAAAAAACAUAUUCUUACUAUUAGCAAUUCUUCUCAACUAACUAGUGGCAUUUAAAUAAUAAGCUAAAGCUAAAGCUAACAAUUAAACAUUAGAAAAUGGAGAGAAGUACUGUAAGAACCUUAAAGGUAAAGUUGUCGAAAACAAAUAUUAUAUAUUAACAAAUUUAGUUGAUAAUUAAUUAGUGUAAUUAAAAGAAUUACUAAAACAUAGCUAAGCAUACUAUAUUAAGAAUAUAAAAAAAGAAACAUGUAUAUGGAUUAUAGCUUUUAAGGAAUUAUAUUCUUGUAUGUAUAAAUAGUGUACGCCCAUAUGCAUAAAUGCGAGCGAAAAAAAUUUAAUGGAGAAUAAAUGCAGCAACAAUUUUGAAGUGAAAAUUCAAAAGAAAUGUACAAACAUCAUUGCAUUUUGCAUUUGGCCAGCGCCAAUGAGUGUGUGUGCUGAGUGCGGCAGGCAUGUUGAACAGGCAGUAGCAAUAACUUGUCCAGGCAUUUUUGAGGAUGGCAAAAGAAAUUGAUAUUAAUAUGAUGUGUAUAUUGACAUGAUUUGUAUGAUGACCUUUUUUUU